CAGACCAGUAGGAGUCACCGCUCCACUCGCGUUCUCGCUCUGCUGAACCUCUCAGUGAUUGUGCUGGGAAACAAAAUGCCGGAAGUGGGGUUUCGGGAGACGGAGUUUCGGGACUCGUAACGGUGGAAAGUUUACUCUGUUAAGAAAUCUACUUUUUCCCGAGGAUUAAAGCUGUUCGUCGGGUUUUGUUUUAUUGUUUCAUUCAUCCGCACUUCUACAAUGGGGCUCCCGGCGCUGGAAUUCAGUGAUUCUUUUCUAGACAGUCCUGACUUCAGAGACCGACUCAAAUGCCACGAAAUUGAGCUGGAUCGUACUAAUAAAUUUAUCAAGGAGCUAAUCAAAGAUGGAAACAUGCUUAUUAGUGCGCUUAAGAAUCUUUCUGCAGCUGUGCAGAAAUUUUCCCAGUCGCUUCAGGAUUUCCAGUUUGAAUGCAUCGGAGAUGCAGAGACGGAUGAUGAGAUUAAUAUUGCCCAGUCAUUCAAGGAAUUCUCCCAGCUGCUGAACACAGUGGAGGAGGAAAGACGACGACUAAUACAAAAUGCUGAUGACGUCUUGAUAACACCGCUGGAAAAGUUUCGCAAGGAGCAGAUCGGAGCGGCCAAAGAAGGAAAGAAGAAAUUUGACAAGGAGACAGAGAAGUAUUACACAGUUUUGGAGAAGCACUUAAGCCUGUCUUCAAAAAAGAAAGAGUCACUUUUGCAGGAGGCAGACACCCAGAUAAAUAAGGAAAGACAGAUCUUCUAUGACGCCUCCCUGGAAUAUGUUUUCAAAAUCCAAGAAGUGCAAGAAAGGAAAAAGUUUGAGUUUGUUGAGCCGCUGCUGGCCUUCCUCCAGGGAUUGUUCACCUUCUACCACGAAGGUUACGAAUUGGCACAUGAGUUUGAGCCAUACAAGCAACAGCUACAGUUCAACCUCCAGAAUACAAGAAAUAAUUUCGAAAGCACAAGACAGGAAGUGGAGAAUUUGAUGAGAAGGAUAAGGUCUGCAGAGCAGGACUUUAAAGCUCCAGGACAGUGGACCAUGGAGGGCUUCCUCUACGUGCAGGAGAAGCGACCCUUGGGGUGCACGUGGAGUCGACAUUAUUGCACGUAUGAGAAAGGGACCAAAAUGUUUACGAUGAGCAACUCUGAAUUCAAAUCUGGAGGCAAACAGAAUGGACUGAUCAUGAGUCCCCCUGAGAUGUUUAAGCUGAAGUCCUGCAUCAGACGGAGGACUGACUCUAUUGACAAGCGAUUCUGCUUUGACAUUGAGGUGGUGGAAAGGCAUGGUAUCAUCACCCUUCAGGCUCUCUCUGAAUCCAACAGACGACUGUGGAUGGAAGCCAUGGAUGGAAAAGAGCCGAUUUACACCCUUCCAGCACUACUGAGCAAGAAAGAGGAAACAUUCCUAAAUGAAGCAGGCUUUAAUUUUGUAAGGAAGUGUAUAGAGCUUGUGGAAACAAGAGGCAUUAACACAAUGGGGCUGUACAGAAUAGGUGGUGUAAACUCUAAAGUCCAGCGACUGAUGACCUCAGUAUUUGCGGCCAAAGCUCCUGCAGAUAUGGACCUUGACCCAGACACCUGGGAUAACAAGACCAUCACCAGCGGCCUGAAGAAUUACCUCAGGUGUUUGGCAGAACCCCUCAUGACCUACAGACUCCACAAAGACUUCAUCAUGGCAGUCAAGUCUGAUGAUCAGAACUACAGGGUCUGUGCUGUUCACGCCCUCGUCCACAAGCUCCCCGACAAGAAUAAAGAGAUGCUGGGUAUUCUGAUAAAACAUCUACAUGUGGUUUCCACACAUAGUCAGAAGAAUCUGAUGACUGUGUCUAACCUGGGUGUGAUUUUUGGCCCAACACUUAUGCGCUCUCAAGAAGAGACAGUUGCUGCCAUGAUGAACAUCAAGUUUCAGAAUAUUGUGGUAGAGAUCCUCAUAGAAAACUAUGACAAGAUAUUUCAUCAAGCUCCAGAUCCUAACGUCCCUCUGCCGCAGCCUCAGUCUCACUCUCAGUCUCGUGCCAGUGCCCGCCGCAGCAAAGCCAUCUGCCUGUCUUCAGGGUCCCGCAAAUCCAGAGGCUUGUACCCUCCCACCCUGUGCCUGGCUGAUGCUGACAGUGACACAUUCAGCAGCAGUCCGAGUAGCACUCCCAUGGGCAGCAUGGAGUCUCUCUCGUCUCACUCUUCGGAGCAGAACAGCUGCUCUAAGACGGGCUCCCCGUCACGUAACAAACACAAGGCAUCAGGGAGUCUGUGCUGGACCACUUCAUCUCCCUCCUCCAAUGGGCCCAAAAGCCCUGCUUGCACCACCAGCCCCGAUUCUAGCUCCAAAGAGGACGCCAACAAGACUGAUGGAGAAUGGGAAGAAGCGCUGAGCACAAGUCCAGGUGAUCGAAGCUCUCCAGCAUCAGAGCUCCUCCAGAGAACCAUAGAAGAGACAGUGGAGGAUCAUGUGGAAGAACGGCGCAGUCUGUCCUCCUGCUCUUCUCUCACUUCACUCCACAUUUCUGAGGGUUUCAGAAGCUGUCACGGCUCUAUUCAGAGUCUGGUGUCACGCAGUCAGAGAGACAGUCUCAAGUCCCUCCAGCUGCCGGAGCUUCCUCCUAAAGAGACUGUGAGAUACAGAGCUGACUCCUCAGCCAGCAAUGGCUACCAGAGACCGGGAUCUGUUGUGGCCUGCCGUGCAGCAAUCUUUGAGAGUCCUGUGAUAUCCCAACCCACAACGGGAAGAGAGGCUAAAGCCUUGUAUUCCUGUCAAGCGGAACACAGUCAUGAGCUGAGCUUUCCUCAGGGGGCGCUCUUCUCUAACGUGUAUCCCUCAGUGGAACCAGGUUGGCUUCAAGCGACAUAUGAUGGCAAAACAGGACUCAUCCCAGAAAAUUAUGUGGUAUUCUUUUGAUGGGUCUGGAACAGGCAAAAAAAGUCCAUGGUAUCCAUGGUAUUCAUUUCUGCAAAAAAGGGAACAUUUAUAUGUACAUUUCUUACAGUAUUUAAAUAAAUUUUAUGUUAUAACAUAUAACGUUUAACAUUAUAACCAGAUUAUUAACUGUUGCAUAUGUUCAAGUUUAUUCUGAAUGUAAAAAUCACCUUUGUCUUAAAGGUAUUGUAGAUUUUAUUACCAUCUAGGUACAUGCAAUUGACUGUAUUAACACAUUUCUCUAUUUAUAUGUGUCAAAACUGUAGACAUGAGCUCAUAACACUCUGAUCGGUGUUGCGGUACGGCUCUGAAGGAAACUAUAGAUUUGUAUUAUAUUGAGGGAGAAUUAUACGUGUAUCAUAUGCAUUAAUUAGCGACUAUUUGUGACCUUGGACCACAAAACCAGUCGUAAGGGUCAAUUUUUUGAAAUUGAGAUUUUACAUCAUCUGAAAGCUGAAUAAAUAAGCUUUCCAUUGAUGAUAGGAUAGGAUAAUAUUUACAGCUGUUUGAAAAUCUGGAAUCUGAGGGUGCAAAAAAAGUAAAUCCACCUUUAAAGUUAUCCAAAUGAAGAUAUUAGCAAUGCAUAUUACUAAUCAAAAAUUAGGUUUUGAUAUAUUUACGUUAGAAAAUUUACAAAAUAUCUUCAUGGAACAUGAUCUUUACUCAAUAUCCUAAUGAUUUUUGGCAUAAAAUAAAAAAUCGAUAAUUUUGACCCACACUUAUGGGUCUAUUAUGGGUCACUUAUGUGUAUUUUUGGCUAUUUCUACAAAUAUACCUGUGCUACUUAAGACUGGUUUUGUGGUCCAGGGUCACAUAUUACGUAGCGGAAGAUAACAUUUGUGAAAUUCUUUGCAGUAUGUUUUAUUGACUUUCUUUUCAGUGAUGCCAAAAGGAGAAUCAAGUUUGGUAGAUGCAGGUCAUCUUUCAUUUCAGUAAUUGUUGAAUCUGUUUGGUGAAAUAAUUUUCAAAAUGAGUUAGCACUCAUUGUUAUUCCUUACAAUUUCAAAAGGUUAACUAGAAUAGAAAGAACCUUUUCGUGUCCUUAACAUUUUUAUUCCAAAUUUAAACAAUGCAUCUGACUUUUUGAGCCAAAUAUGUUUCUUAUAUACUGCAAACUUAUUUUAUUAUGCUAAUGUACUGUCGGUUUUGGGGCAUUUGGUAAAAUGAUGAAACUAAGUGUUCUUUAGAUAUUUCAGCUUAUACUGAAUAUGUUUGUUGAGUGUAAUAUAGUGUUUUUUCUUAAUGAAGUACAAUCAAAAAACAAGAAAAUACUUCUGACAGUGUUAAAUUUUGUAAAGUUUGUUUUAGCUGCAAUUAGUUGUAGUUUGUGCUCACAAAAAUGCAGUUGUUCAAGUAAUGGUUCUGCUGUAUUUUAUUUUACACUGGUUUAACAUUUCUAUAUGUUGAAAUGGAAAAUAUAUAUGAUAUACAGAUUGUAAUACUUAUUAUUAACAUCAUUUACAAAGUAAUUUAAUGUUUGGUGAUUUUCUGAUAAAGCAUUUUAACUAUUAAAAUGUUACUGAAAUGGUU